UGUCCAAUAACGACCACAGAUGGGCGUCACAAUAAUAUCUAAUUGAUUUUCCUUCCUUAUUUCUGGAAUACUGGUAUUGGUAAUUGUCCUGACGUUGUAGUAGUUAUUUCAUAAGUGAAACAAUUUGUUUUAGACGAAUUGAAUUAAAAAAAUAGACGUGUGUUUUCCUAAUAACAAGCAUAAAAUACUAUCCUGAGAAUAUAUUGCUAAGUGCUAUUUUAAAACGUAAUGAAAGCAAGUAUGUUAUAUACUAUUAGGUUGUGUAUGUUUAUAUUUACCUUUUAUUACUCAAGUGGUUGCUGGUCAUCUAAGCCAAAAUCAAAUCCUACUACUGAUCUUACAUCAAAAGUUUACAUCUCUCCACACGGUGAUUACUAUGUGAAAGUAGGCGACAAUUUUUCAAUUACUUGUGAAUGCCCUAACAAGAAAGAAUCCGAUUUGUUAACAUUAAUACAGUGGUCUGAAGGAAUGCGAAAGAUAUUAAUCAACUAUACGAAAAAAAGUUUUAAGCACACAUUACUCAUAAAGCAGACACAUGAUAAUGCAAAACUGUUUUGCGAAGUUGAAUCUUCAACAACAACAGUAAUAUCUGAUACAAGCGUACGAUUUACCAUACCAGGUGAAGUACACAUCUACACUAGUUACAGUAAUGUCAACAACUUAAAAGCAGGUGAUAUAUUACUAAUAACUUGUAACAGCCCUAAUAAGAGAAAGUCGGAACGGCUUAGGUUACGCCAAAAAUCAAGCAGCAGCGAUGCCAUAUUAGGAAGCGAUGAUACAAAUGAAAUUGAAUAUAGAUUAAAUAUUACGAAAGCUGAUAAUAAUUCAAUUAUAUUUUGCGAGUUGGCAAACAAUUCUGUAGCAUUGGUUUCUUCAAGCAACAUAAGUAUAGUCAUAAAAAAUGACAAAAGUAAAAAAUUAGAUACAGAUAAAGUUGACACAUCUGUUUUACCUUUAAACAAAACCGACAUUUCUCAUGAAGACGAUAACGUCAGUGAUAAAAGUGAAUUUAUCAUUUCAAUGUGGUUUAAAGAUCUGUCACCGAAGAAUACUGCAGCCUUGGUACUCGGAGUAAUAGCAAUCUUGUUAGUGAUUGUCGGAUUAAUUUACUCAUGCUUCGUAUGUCGAAAGUCUUCGACAAAUCUAUUGACAAAAGAAGAGGAACCAGAAUAUGCAUCACCAGAAUAUGUAGUUCAGUACGCUCAACUGAAUUUGGCCGCACCCCAAUCAAAUAAACCGGUUCAAAACGAUACUCCAUAUGCGGAAAUAAUUGGAGUCGCAAAAAGAAAAUGACAUCUGUUGAUAAGAAACUUGUUGAAGAAUUAGGAAUUGGUUGAAGUCCAGUUUUUACUGGACUGAUAUUUUUUUGACGUUAUUUUAAACUAAGUGAUAAGACCGAAUGUCCUUUUAAAAUGCAAACCUCAUUGUUUAAUAAUUGUGUAUGGAAAUGUCGGCCUUAGGAUAUUGUAGAUUUGCCGUACUGGCAUUGACAACUUGGCUGGGAUAUCGAAGGACGUAAUAUACGUUCCCGACGACCCUAUUACUCUAGCCAUAGAGGCAGCCAAUCAGCUCGCGACACCAAACACUUCAGGACACCGAUACCGACCCCGCCGGCGUGGUCGACGAUUUCCCUCAAUCAGCGCUUAACGCUAUCGACCCACUAGGGUCGAGUAAUUCUUUCAAAUAUUUUUUCCUCUCAGACAACGCCCUGAGCCGAAGUAAGCGCCAAGUAGUUAAUGCCAUCAGCGGCAAAUCUACAAUAAGUUACGUCGAAAAAAAUGGCUGGGAUAUUACGACACUUCUUGAAAGAUAAAUGAGUUUUGAGCAACACGGCCAGCGGACCGCGCUUAAGUGUAUGAGUUACAUUCUAGAUUUAAGAAUUGCAUUCUGAAAUAGAAAAUGUUGUAUUUGGACCAUGUGUAAGGUAGGCAGUAAUAUGUGCCUAAUAUGUGUAUAGAGAGUAAGGUUGUUUUGUUACUUUGUUAAGAGUAAUAUUUUAAUCUUUAGUAAACG